UUUUUUUUUAACACAACAUCAUACUACCGGAAAGGAUGGCGCUCUCAACCUUCCCAGCAGAGCUCAUCCGCCACAUCGUAUCCCAAUCAGCUCCGUCAGACGGGUGGGGCAAGUACUGGCCCCUGGUAACACGGCCCGUCGACGACGUCAAGGCCUUUCUCGCCCUGCGGCUAGUGUGCAGUAUGUAUUAGCCCGAGGACUUCAACGACAUCGUGCUGGACUACUUCCUGGACCCCUGUGUUCUCGUCGACGACUUCAACUCCGCGUGUCUGCGACAGAGUGACCCGCCCACCCCCCCGGCACUGCGCUUCUGUCAGCGGCUGCUGACGAGGCAUCUGCAGCGGAGUCGGAGUGGGGCGCAGGUUAACAGGGAGCGGGCGAAGGAGUUUGCAGAGGGGAUUGCCAAGGUUGUGGAUGCGGCUGUUGAGGCGUUGAAGGAUGGUGGUGAUGGUGAGAGUGGGAGAAGGCUCCGCGAUACGUAUACGGAGGUCAUGGCGGCUGCUGUGAUUGGGUUUGAGGGGGUUACCAAGGCGCUGCUUCAGGGGGUAGUUGGGAAGGAACCGGAGGUGGAUGGGGAGGAGGGCGAGGAGGGUGGUGAGAAGGCAAAGGAGGUUGGUGAGCAGAUGGACGAGGAUGACGACGAGACCGACUACGCAUGGACCGAUCCAUUGACCAUGGCGCUGACUGCGGCGGCGAUACUCUGCCGGGUCGACGACAUGAAGACCCUAAUCGACAAGGGCGCGCACGCCGACUACGAAGAAGAAGACGGGUGGCUCGGGCUGCCAUUGCACGGCGCCGCGAUGGGCGGGAGUCUCGAUGCAAUUCGGCUUAUCAGCGAGCAUACCUUUGGCGAAGACCCUGAUAUCAAGAUCGAUUGCCUGCACACGGGGAACACGGGGUUACAUUUCGCGGCGCAGUACGGACACGCCGAGGCGGUGCAGUUUUUCCUGGACGCGGAUUUCGAGCCGGACGAGCGGAACAAGAACGCACAGACGCCGCUAUUCCUCGCUGCGAGCGGGGGGCAUGUCGAUGCUUUGAAUAGGCUGUUAGAGUUGGACUAUAAGCGCGCGGAAGAGAAGGCAUCGAGGAUGUCGGACGAAGAAUACCUCACGAUGCAGCACUCUAUGGUUGACGUCGAUGCAGAUGAUUACCGCGCACGAACACCAAUGUGCAUUGCCGUGCAGAGGGGGUAUUACGACGUUGUCGAGAGGCUGAUGUGGAGGGGCGAGCUCGAUAUCAACCGUCGGAAUACAGAGGAAUACGGGAUGACGUAUCUAAUGACUGCAGCCUCAAAAGGCGACAAAGGAAUUUUCGACCACCUCCUAGGACACCCAGAGAUCAAGAAGCACCUCAAAGACAGCAGCGGCCACGGCCUCCUGAAACACGCGGCCGUCGGCGGCAACGAACAAAUCGUGCGCCAAGUCCUCUCCUGGGGCAAGGCUGACGUUAACCUGCGCGGGGCCGACGACUCAACCCCGAUCAUGUGGGCAGCAAUCCGCGGGCACGAGUCCAUCGUCCAGCUGCUGAUUGACCACGGCGCGGCCGUUGAUCUAGUCACAAGCCAGCUGCACCUCCGAAUGAUGAGUUUCUUGGGAGUCCUUGGCGAGCCGAACACCAAUAUGAACGAUAUCGACGACCAACUGAUGGGGGCACUCACCGGGCAAGUGGCGGUACUGGUGGGCGCAACUGCGCUCGAUGCCGCAGCGCACGGCGGGCACGUGGGCACGAUGCGAUUACUGAUGUCUCAACCGGGCGUCGAGAUUGACCGGCCGGACAUGGAUGGGCGCACCCCGUUUGCCAAUGCGGCGCUCACAGGGCACAAGGCUGUAGUCCGCCUCCUCUUGGCGCAGGGCGACAGGGUGAACCCGGAAGCAGCAGAUAAGGACGGCUGCACGCCGCUGAUUCUUGCAGCGCGGGCUGGCGAUGCGGGUGUUGUCAGGGUUCUCUUGGAGGAGGCGCAUGUGGAUAGCAGCCGGACGGACAAGAAGGGGUACUCUGCUUUGACCCAUGUCGCUAAACAGGGCCAAUUACUACAUGAAGAUGUGGUGAAAGUCCUCUUGCCAUUCAUUCGAUCGAAACGAGAGAUUGAGACUGCUCGAGAGGCGGCAGAGUCAGAGCGAAUGCGCGCGCUCCUGACUUCAUACCUGCAGAAAAUGCCCGAGGGGGAAAAUGAAUAAUAAUUAAUGGCAUAGAGUUUAGAUUAAUAGUCACGCCUUCAUACAGUAGAUGGCAAACUAAUGAUAUCUUAGCCAACCGACCCCUAUGGUAAGCUGCUGAUGUCGUGGUAGUUUAACCCUCCUUACAAGUGAUUUGGAGUCUGUCC